AGCCAUACCGUUAAGUCCUGGACUGGCGGACGGAGUGGGUUUAGUUGGGUCUCAAUUUGGUGAGCCAACGUGAUACGUCGCUUACGUGGGCCGUCGGCUUUUGCUAGCGGCGAGAGACGCGAUCGUCUCGCAAGGGCUUUUUUUUCGUUUGCAGUUCGUUGGUUAAUGUUACCGUCGCCUUCGGCGCUCGUGCACCGGUUGGACGCCGCUUUCAGUCCUCUCCCGCUGCGGGUACUCCCGCAGCAACAUAUUAUGAAACACCAUCUGUUCGAUGGAAUGCCGAUGAGACGAACCAUUACUCCUGAUUCGCACCACGAAGAAGGGCGAAGAAGGGGAAGAGAGAAAUUCUCCGAUAAUCCGGCAAUGGCAAUUCAAGUCUAAAGACAACACCUUUUACCUGAACUCGAUAAAAUGUGGGCCGCGGCGUGCCGGAGAGGUCCCAAGAGCGCAUCCUAUUUCCUCCAAAGAGCCAGCCUCCUACCAAGCACGCCUACAGUACAUUCAUGUAGGCCUUCUUUUGAACACUGGCGAUUUUGCGCGACAAAUUUCCUUCUCGAAGAAGCUGAAGAUGUUGGCGAGAGCAUGAACCAAUUGCGGAAAAGAAGCACAGCCCCGAUAUCACUUGCCAAGAGCUUAGCUUGCCUCCCUGACGAAUCCCCCACUCCUGAGAAGCGAAAGCCCCUGACACGAAUGGAGCUCAAGAGAUUGAUGGAAGUUCGGAUCAAGAAAAGGGUGAAGGCGCAGUACUUGAAUGGGAAAUUUUAUGAUCUUAUGGGUAGUGUUAUUGCCACUGCUGACACUCUUCAAGACUCAUAUGAUACCAUUCGGCUCAAUUCGAAUGUUGACUUGGCAUCAAAGAGAGAUGAUAUCUGUUUCAAUUCCUUGGCGGAGGAGCUCGCAAGUGGCAAUUUCGAUGUCGAGGCGAAUACUUCAAUGAUGGUUGCGAAGGGUGGAUGUAAAGAGUGCUUAGUCCUUCCUAAAUUAAAGUUGAAAGUUAUUCAAGAAGCCAUUAGAGUCGUACUUGAGGUUGUCUACAGGCCUCACUUCUCUAAGAUUUCUCAUGGUUGUAGAAGUGGAAGAGGGCACAGAUCAGCCCUGAGAUAUGUAUGCAAAGAGAUUGGUAAACCUGAUUGGUGGUUUACAGUAUCUUUGAAUAAAGAGGCUGAUGGUAAUAUUCUGUCCAAGCUUGUUUCAGAAAUGGAAGAAAAGAUCGAGGAUGCUCGGUUGUUUAGUUUUAUCCAUCGCAUGUUUGAUGCCCGAGUUCUUAACUUGGUAUUUGGAAGCUUCCCAAAGGGCCAAGGUCUUCCUCAGGAAGGAGUACUCUCCCCUAUUCUUAUGAACAUAUAUCUCGACAGCUUCGACCAUGAAGUGUUCAGGAUAUGCAUGAGAUAUGAAGGUGUCGGUUCAGAUUCUGCUGAUGUGAAAAAUGGCCAGCGCUCUAAGCUGCGCUGUUGGUUCCGAAGGCAAAUGAAAGAUUGUGAUAAUAGGAAUGCCGACCAGUCAACUGAUGCUGUGGAAACAAGACUACAUGCUUGCAGGUACAUGGAUGAGAUACUCAUUGCAGUUUAUGGUUCCAAAGAUGUUGCACUCAGGAUAAAGGAUGAGAUCAUAACUUGCUUGAGGAACUCACUAUAUUUGAAUGUGGAAGAUCGUGGAGAUCUGUUUCCAGUUAGAAAGAAUUCUCGUGGGUUGCAGUUCCUUGGAGUGACAGUUCGUGUGGCUGCCAAAGAAACUGCUGCAUUGAGAGCUGUACACAAGUUGAAGGACAAGAUCCGGCUAUUUGCUUCUCAAAAGCAAGAAAUUUGGGAUGCUAUGACACUUAGAAUAGGCAAGAAGUGGCUGGCAUAUGGCUUGAGACGGAUCAAAGAAUCAGAGAUCAAGUCACUAGGGCUUAGCACUCCAGUGUUGGAUCACAUUUCACAGUUCCGUAAAGAGGGCAUGAAAACAGAUCACUGGUUCAAGCACUUACUUAAGAUCUGGAUGGAAGACGUGAAUGCUAAAGUUGAAGCUAACGAAAAUAUAAUCCUUUCCAAAUACAUUGCCGAACCAGCACUGCCAGAAGAUCUGAGAGAUUCGUUCCACAAAUUCCAGAAGCAGGCCAUGGAAUAUGUUUCUUCAGAGACAGCUUCCACCCUUGCAUUGAUGCAAAGCUCCACCACCAAUACAAAACCCAUCUCUGGCACUGAAACUACAGUUUUGAGGACUGAGGCGUCUAUUAACUUCAUAAAGAGAAGCCUCUAUCGAUAUGGCCUGAUAAAUGUUGAAGGAUUUCCACGUCAUGUCUCCACCCUUGUCUUACAAGAUGAUGCUCUAAUCAUAAGUUGGUUUUCAGGGCUGGUGCGCCGGUGGCUAAAAUGGUAUUCUGAGUUUGACAACUUUGGAGACAUUAAGCACAUGAUGGUUGAGUGUGCCAGAAAAUCAUGCAUUCGAACUCUAGCAGCCAAGUAUAGGAUGCAUGAAGUUUUAAUCGAGAAGCGGUUUGAGUUGGAUCAGAGUGGUAUUCCUACGACAGAAGACUUAGAAACUGAAAUGAUGGCAUCAGACUUUCCUAUUUCUGAUGAUGAUGAGGCUUUGAUGUAUGGAAUCUCAUCUAGUGGUUUGUGUAUUCUGUCUCUAUCAAGGGUUAAAGUCCCAACCCGGAUAUUUAAUUGCUUUGUUAUGGGAUGCACCACUGCAUCUCCAAGUAUGUACACGCUUCAUGUGAAGGAGAAGCAAAGGUUUCCAGGAUGGAAGACGGGAUUCUCAACAUCAAUUCAUUCCAGCUUGAACAGAAGACGUAUUGGCUUGUGCAGCCAGCAUGUUAAGGAUUUGUAUAUGGGAUAUAUAUCUCUUCAGUCUAUAGAAUUUGGUGCUCUGAGCAGAUGAUUUCUCCAUGCAAUGUUGAUGGUUUGAGCAUAGAGGCUUGAGAUAUUUUGCUGCCGCAUUACACGUUUCGCAAUGAUCAAGGGGUUCUCACAGAAUUUAGUUUUAAUGGAUUGACUGAUUGCUUCCUCCUACAUUGCUCAAAGCUGGCGGCUUGAUGAUGCAAAUACUACAUUUUCACUGUUCUACCAAGAUUUGCAAGUGCCAUGAUUUAAUGCCAUUACACCAAAGUGUUUGCUGAUUGCACUAUGUUAAUCAUUUGUAAUGUGCUCUGACUACAAUUUUGGGUCAGGUCUUGGAUGAAGUUUUCACAUAUGCUUAGUUCCGCUGUCCCAGAUGCUGACGACAAGCACCCUUUUCUGCAAGUGAGGACCCGAUGAUAACAUUGAGACGCAAGUCUGUAGAAGCAGGCAGAAUGCCUCAGGGCUUCUUGUGCGGUUGUCAGAACUGGUUUGAGCAAAAUUUUGUUGGUCCAGAUAGCUUUUCUGAGGCCACAAACAGACUUAAUCUGUUAUGGAUGGGAGGUCAGGCAUAUCAACAUGAGACAUAUAGAGCUUUUGUUCAUUCUUUCUCCUGGUAAUGAUGAAGGAAAAAUGUUUCUUACAUUGUGGAAUCGAA